AUGCAGCUCACCAGCACAGUAUCUGUUCUUUCCUCCAUAUUCGUCACGACUAAAUACACGUUGAAUGACCUCCUCAUCGACGCUUCGGCACCCGCUGAGGAGAUACAUGAACUGCUGAAGAAGACUGGAGCCAUUGUCUUGAAAGGAUUGAUUGAGCCGGAACACGUUAAUGGUAUGAUGUCGGAUUUCAAACCACAUCUGGACGCUUUAGGGGAUUCUGGCGCGGGUGAACAGUGGGAAGAAUCCUUCUUUCCUGCGACGACCAAGAAAAUUCCUGGGCUGGCGACAAAGUCACGAACCUGGGUUGAUAAAGUGUUGUUGAACCCGGUCUUGGGUGGAAUCGCAGAUUUUGCUUUGACCAGAUGUACGAAGACCACCAUCUCUCAGCCGGGUCAAUGGUCAACUUGCAAACCUGAAAUCAACCUAUGCGGUCUAUUAGAGAUUCAUCCUGGUGGUCAAAGACAAGAUCUGCAUCGUGAUGAUGCCUUGUUCCACCAGAAAGUAGCGGGGACAGAGGAAUGGACACCUAGACGAGAGCACUCGAUAGUCACACUACUGGCAUUGUCCAAGGUUACGGCCGUCAACGGUGGUACGCUCGUGAUUCCUGAGUCGCACCUCAAAGGCGAUGACAUUCCACCACCAGUGUAUGAAGACUGUUUGACAGUGGAGAUGGAGGCUGGAGACUGCAUUGUAAUUUUCGGUUCCACGUACCAUGCUGGAGGAACGAAUCAAACGAAAGUCGGCGAGCCCAACUCUGUUCGAACGAUGUGUGUCACGGGCUACAAGGUAGGAUACCUGAAGCAGGAAGAGAACCAAUACCUACAGCACAACAUCGAAGAGAUCAAGAAACUGCCUAUCGCGGCUCAGAAGAUACUGGGUUGGGAUCUGGCCAUUCCUUACAUGGGAUAUGUAAACUGGCUCCACCCCCUGCUUACUCUCGGUCACGACCCAAAGGGCGUACCCCAGGACGACGAUCUGUUCUACGACCGUCAACAAGACUCAGUGGUAGUGGCUAUCUAG